CUGAUGGGGAACCAAACUACUGUGACUGAAUUCAUCCUCCUGGGUCUCUCCAGUGGUCCAAAGGUGAAGCUUUUCCUUUUUGGGCUGAUUUCUGUCAUCUAUGUCAUCACUCUGACAGGGAAUGUGAUUAUACUGGUGCUGAUCUGGCUGGAUUCCCGACUCCACACACCUAUGUAUUUCUUCCUGAGGCAUCUCUCCAUUGUGGACAUCUGUUAUACAUCCAGCACUGUCCCACAGAUGUUGGCCAACCUUCUAAAUUCAAGGAAAACCAUCUCUUUUGCAGGGUGUAGUGUUCAGAUAUAUCUCUUCCUGGCUUUAGGUAUUACGGAAUGUGUUCUCCUAGCAGUCAUGGCAUAUGACCGUUUUGUAGCAAUAUGUUAUCCUCUGUCUUAUACUCUCAUCAUGAACCGUAGGGUCUGUGUGGGGCUGACAGCAGUUUCUUGGACAUGUGGUUUUCUUCUUGCCAUGAUCCAUGCUGUCCAGACCUUGCAGAUGCCAUUUUGUGGCCCCAAUGAGAUUAAUCACUUCUACUGUGAUAUCCUGGCACUUCUGAAAUUAGUCUGUGCUGACACCCACCUCAAUGAAAUCAUUGUGUUUGUGAUUGGUGUUCUUAUUCUCCUCUGCCCUUUCGUCUUGAUCCUGAUCUCUUACGUCCGAAUCCUAGGGGCCAUCUUGAGGAUUCACUCUGUUGAAGGACGGCGCAAAGCCUUUUCCACCUGUGCUUCCCACUUAACUGUAGUAGCACUAUUCUAUGGCAGUGCUAUGUUCAUGUACAUGCGACCUGGGUCUACACGUUCUGCUGAUCAGGACAAAAUGGUUUCUCUAUUCUAUAGCAUCAUUACCCCCAUGUUCAACCCCAUGAUAUACAGUCUGAGGAAUAAGGAUGUGAAAGGGGCUUUGGUGAAAGUGCUGCAGAACAUCAAAGGGACAUAA